AUGAGAGUGGAAAAUCUCCUAUUUCUCCUAUUAUUAUAUGCAGCACUUUCUUGUGCUUUCCCUGCAAGUAUGAGACAUCCAAAGAAAGAAGAUGUGCAGCUUAUCCAGAAGUACCUGGAAAAUUACUAUGGCUUUAAGAAAGAUGGGGAGCCUUUUGUUUGGAAAAGUAAUAAUGCAAUGACCCAAAAACUAAAAGAAAUGCAGGAAUUCUUUGGGUUGGAGGUGACAGGGAAACUGGAUUCUGGCACUUUGGACUUGGUACAGAAACACCGCUGUGGAUUCCCUGAUGUAGCUGGAUUCUCCACCUUUGCAGGAGAGCCAAAAUGGACAAAACAAGUCUUGACAUACAGGAUAGUGAACUACACACCGGACCUGCAUCCAGCAGAUGUCAACUCAGCCAUCAAGAAAGCGUUAAGUGUUUGGAGCAGUGUGACCCCGCUGAGAUUCAUCAAGAAGGACAGAGGUGAUGCAGACAUAAUGAUCUCCUUUGCAGCCAGAGGUCACAAUGACUUCAUCCCCUUUGAUGGCCCAGGAGGCUCCCUUGCCCAUGCCUAUGCACCUGGAAAGGACUUUGGUGGAGAUGCUCACUUUGAUGAGGAUGAAACAUGGACCAAAAGCACAGAGGGUGCGAACCUGUUUUAUGUCGCUGCCCAUGAGUUUGGCCACUCACUGGGACUUUCCCAUUCCAAAGACCCCAGUGCUCUGAUGUAUCCAGUUUACAGGAAAUUUGACCCUUCAGUACACCUUCUUCAUCAGGAUGAUAUUACUGGCAUACAGUACCUCUAUGGAUCAUCUCCUAACACAAACAAUGAUCAAAGGGAAUCUACUGAGAUAAAAGACCCAACUGAGUCAAAAGAUCCUGCACUGCCAAACAGCUGCAACUCCAAUUUAACGUUUGAUGCUGUCACCACUUUCCGUGGAGAAAUAAUGUUCUUUAAAGACAAGCAUAUUUGGCGCAAACAUCCAGCAGUCAGAACAGUUGACUUUGAGUUGGUAUCUUCAUUCUGGCCACAGCUGCCACCUGGUGUCGAUGCUGCAUAUGAAAUUCCUGAAAAAGAUGAAAUGGUCAUUUUUAAAGGGAAUGAAUUCUGGGUUGUGAGAGGAGAUACCAUACUUCCUGGAUACCCCCAAAAACUCUACACCCUGGGCUUUUCAAAGGAUGUUACAAAAAUUGAUGCUGCUUUUCAUAAUGGAAUUGAGGGGAAAACAUAUUACUUCAUAGCAGACAAAUUUUGGAGUUAUGAUAAAAGAAGUCAGUCUAUAGAUAGGAAGUCAUUACUGCUAAGAGAUGCAUUUCCAGGAAUUAAUGGGAAGAUUGAUGCUGUUUUUCAACAUGAAAACUUCCUUUAUUUCUUCAGUGGAAGAAAGCAAUUAGAGUUUGACCUUGAUAAGAAGAGAGUUACACGCUUCCUAAAGACAAACUUUUGGUUUCCGUGUUAA